UAGAGAAAAACGAGGUCCCCGUUCAGGCCGGGCUUCCCGGGUGAUGCUAGCAAAAGUGCAACCAGACAACGACAAGCGACAAGCGACACGGUUCUGAAGUCGGUCAGCGCGGAAACAAUUUUCAGCUAGCGAGCUGCGAACCUCUAAAGUGUGCCUGACAAAGUGUCUCUAGUUGCUGCACGAUAUUUUUACAGUUACGUGGAUAUUUUCUCGACCUUUCCUUCUCACUCUCUCUCUGUCGCAUACACGGAAAGUGCCAGUGAUCGUAUAAUUUUGGUGCUGAGCAGACAACUCAGGGUGGGAGUUUCAAAAAGUCGAACAAACGCGUAACGAGUGGAUUGAAACAUAUUAUUUUCCGUACAAUAAAGUGUGUGUAUUUGUGUGUGUGUUUGAACCUGUGAAGGGAUCAACUACAGCCCGAUCGUCCCUUUUGCGCAAUGAGUCCAAAACCGCACGAUUUUACCGUUACGCUGAGGCGUUCCUCGCCCCAGGUCGCGUGGGGCAUCCGGCUGGCCGGUGGUACUGACCUGAACGCACCACUUAUCAUCACACGGGUACAGGACCACAGCCCUGCCCAGCCGGAGCUGCUCCGCGGCGAUGUGAUUACCAAAAUCGACCAGUACGACGCGCGCGACCUUAUGCACAUCGAUGCGCAGAACCUGUUCCGUAACGCCGGCAACCAGAUCAAGGUGACGGUGCGCCGCGACGACAAGGUGGCCCUGCACCAGAGUGCCCAUCCGAUCAAUGGCAAUCCGGUCGCACCGCUGUCGCCGGCCAACUUUGCCCAGCCCUACCAGCCGUACGCUGAGCCGGGACAGCCGGCCAAGCCGCAGCUACAUCAGAAUUUCCCACCACCGGAUCCCACACAGCUGUUGCCGAGCACGGCGACCUCGCUGCCACAUGGACCGCAGUCGUAUGCGGCCGCCCUGGAGCGCCCGGUUGAAACGCUGCCGCACACCGUCUUUCCCGUCGUGGACGGCACUGGAGCUUACCAUCUGCCGAAGCAGCCCUACCCACCGCCGGCCCCGACCAGCCUGAACGAUGCCAACGAAGCGAUCACUAAUCAGCCGUACCGUACCACACCACUCGUCCUGCCCGGUGCGAAAGUACCGAAGAAGGAUACGCUCCCGACAGAGUCGUACCUCAGACACCACCCGAACCCGGCCAUGCGCGCCCCACCAGCACACGACUACACAGACUCACUGAUGAAACAGAAGCUCGCUGAAACUGUGAUUCAUCGAGUGAUUGGCGAAGAGCCACCGACCGGUCCGAAGGUCGUUCACAAGCAGUUCAACUCACCGAUCGGACUAUACUCGGACAACAACAUUGAAAACACGAUCAGACAGAGUGCUCCACAGCAGACGCAAACCGUCCCCAUCUUCAUCGAUCUGUCCUUCCUGAAGCAGAAGCAAAAGAUAUUGGACGAGCAGCGCCGGCUGGAGCAGGAACGGCAGCAACAGAAACAGUACCCCUUCCAAUCGUACUCCUCCUGCUCGUCUGGCCGUACAUCGCGUCAGCAAACGGUCAGUCCACCACCACCGGUGCCCCCGCUGCCGGACUCGUACCAUAUGGUCGUCGACCCAGCAUCAGCGAUCGGUCAUCGCUAUCAUCAGCCCGACCAGCAGCAGCCAUAAGCGUCGUCGUCGUCGUCGUCGUCGUUUCUCUGCUGUCGCGAUCUAGUUUUUUGUUUCCCACCCCGUUUGCCUCCAGACACCCUCUACCCUACCUCUGUCCUAUCUCAUCAUCUGCUUCUUCAUUAUCUAAUUGAACCCUGAAAAUAUACUCCCGCCGCUAACGCGAACGCCCAGCCCGUGUGCAUGCAUGCUAGCUUGUUGGAGUUGUUUUUGCGAAUCGUCUAAAUUAAGAACCCCACUCGAGCGUCCACUUUGAAACCGUUGUGGCCAGUUCGGUCUGCUUUUUUUGUCCUAAAAUUAUCACACACUUAGUUAGGGCGAAAUGGUCGCCCCGUGUUUUUCUAUGGGUUUGUGAGAAUGGGGAAAGGCGUUUGCAUUCCUAUCCACUCGGCAAUCGGAUCGAACGACAAAUGCUCUCAAGCGGAGUGUUGAUGCUUGUGUAUUGUGAUGUUUUUAUGUGUGAUAUAAGCAAAUGGAAAAAGAAAAGAAAGCAAAAAAAACGUUACAGAACGACCAAAUUGUGCAGUAGAAAGCCUGAAGUCAAGCGAAAAUGAAAGGACCAAACUAUGAAUUCUAAUUUUCAUGUUUCUAGCUAAGUUUUAAAUUUACACGUGAGUUGUUUAAGUCUUUGAUUAAUAUGUAAAAGAACCAAACCAAAGAACCAAUUUUACGCAUCAAUUAGGUAAAUCUAAAUCAUAAUAUUUAAUGCUACGAUCGUUCUGUUUCGUUUCGUUUUCAUAUACACGCUGAGCAUAUCUGUUUGUUGUUAUUUGCAAAAUAAAUGUUAUUGUUCUUGUUGUUGUUACUGAAUGUGUUUUGUUGUAAAAAUAUGUGUUUAAGUUUAGUUUGUAGCGUCCUUAAUCUUUCGUCCACUUGUCUAACAAAGUAUCAUUCUGUUCUCUUCUUUCCUAUUUUUACUCGAAUCCCGAAAACGAUCUUUCGCAACUCAUCGUACUAUUAAAAAUGUUAUAAUUUUACACCAAUUAUGAUUGACCGAAUUUACACCGAAAUGUCCCCAAAACACACUCCGCACGUACCAAAUGGUGUCCAAAAAUUGUAAAAACAAAUACAAACACUCGUCCUUUUCAAAUGCACUCACGAUGGAUAUUGCUGUGUGGUCGGCGCUGUAAAAACCCCUCACCACACUGAAAUGUUCACCAUCGUCUCAAUCCCAUCCCAAACCUUUGGAUUGGGGCAAAAACUUGCGCAUUUGCCAAAAAUAAAAUUUCAUUCCAUUUGGCACAAACAAAAACAACGGGCACUGGCACACACACACAUACACAUCCACUUACAUGGGUACAUUUAAAUAAACACGCGCGUAACCUAAACCUGCCGGACGUCAUGUGAUGGCGGUGGAUGCGCUACAACGAAAAAUCAAACUUUGCUACGAACGGACGAACGACAUGUGUUGCGCGAACCUGCGC